CCUGAUGAGUUGUGGAUUUGUGUUCGGCUGCAUUGUGGGAUUUGGCGUAGAGCAAGAAGGAGGAUAAUGCUCUUAGAUUGAAGCUGGCCAUCCUGCAGAUACACCUGUUCUCGCCCUGUGUUGGGAAUGCUGCCUUGAGAUGGAAGGGAGUUUUAACAUGUUGAACAAGUGCCUCUAUCCUUGAAAGGUUGAUGUAUUCUUGGCUGUUUUGGAUAAAAUACUGAAUUGAGGAAAUCGGUAUCUGUGUUUCAGACACCACUGAAAAUAUAAGGCUUUUUCUGCUGUGGCACUUUGACUGCCACCUUGUGAAGUUUCUAAGCCAGGAAUAGGAGUUGCACUUUUUUUUAGAAAACACAAAAACCCUUGUUGAAGAUAAUGCUCUUGUUCCUACUUCAGAGUAACGAAGCAAAGCCUUUAGCUGUUCAACAUACAAAUUCAUACAUAACUAAGAGCCAUCACUAACCACCCUCCUGUUUCCAUAAGAAAAGUAGCCUUCUGUCCAGCUCUUGGAAGGGAGAACUGUAGCAACAAUGGAAAGAUUCACUUCGGCAUUCUGAAGCAUUUCUAAAGACAAGUUAUUUCCUGUUCUGCCUAUUGCUGUGGCAGAAGGUCCUGAAAAGGCACCUACCAAGAGUCCAGGUGACCUUGGUUACUGCAGGAAAGCAGAUCACUAAAUGACAAGUCAGCGUGAUGAAAGAUUAGUGGGAGAUUAACGUAAUAAAAACUGCAGGCUCUACUGAGGAGGAUCAGAAUGGGUUUAGGAUGUUUAUAAUUCAGGCUGCUACAUUUGUGGUUUUCUACAACAUGGGUGCAGGUCUUACACAAGGGCUUUGUUUGCCUGCUGAUGCUGUUAUGUAGUAGGUUAAUAAAACUCAAGGAUAAGGGUUAGCUAGCUAAGACCUUAAGCAUUUUAGAUUAAAAUUCUGUAGGACCAAGGUAUGUAGGAAAUCCUGGUAACCAGUUUUUUCCCCUAUAGUUUAUUUACUUCUGUGGCUCCCUUUCCCGCUUCAGCCUGCAGAGCAAAGAGGAGGAAUUGAUGUACCUGCUGUGCAGAGGUGGCUGUUGCGGUGUUUCUCUGCUAAAGGUGCAGCUGCCCUUCAGGUGGUUUGGGGGUUGGGCACUUUCUCCAGACAUCAGGGUGCAUUAGGAACAUGUGUUAUGGCAGAGCUGCUUCCAAGCUGCCCUGAAGAUGUUUGCAGUGGUGCAUUUACCCACACCUUCCAGGCCCUCAGAGGAGUAGCAGGUGUAACAGGAAUGCUCAUUCCUCUCCUGAAUGACUAGUAAUCCUGUAGUGGCAGCAGCACAAACUUAACCAGCUUCUCUCUUUUGCUUUUUCACUGCAUAACUGAACAAAAGUGUUGAUUUUUGUGGGUUAACUUACAGGUUCUCUUCCCUACUUUGUGCAACCAGGGUCUGGCUUUCUUCUGCAGCGCAGGCACAUGUGAGUUUCCAUGGCUUAGGGCUGUCUAGUUUGUCUUUGCCAGCUGAUUAGGCAGAGUAGUGAUUAAGCUUUCCAAAUAAUCCACCUCCAGUUAAUAAAAUAUUGCUGGAAUUUGGAAAACACUGAAAGAGCUGAUGAACACUGGUUCUGUGUGCAUUUUAUUGGGAUAACUUGUGUACCCAGGCCACUAUAUUCAGGCAAAUGUUGGUGAUUGUUUGCAAGAAAAGCAAGCUUGAUUUGUGGCAGCAGGAUUGCCUGAGAUGGAGGGUGCUGUUCAAGCUGGCAAGUGGACGGGAUAUCAUGUGAUCCUUCUAAUCAAAGUAACAGAUGCAGCCCAGAGGAAAACUACAGCUGUUUAUGCAACUUGCAAGCCAAAAAUUGCACAUACUGUUGUGCAUAAUAUCAAGAUCAAAUUCAAGGAGGGGGGGAAGCUAUGCUUAGACAUUCAUCAACAGAAAAGCUAAAUUGACUGAAAUCUCUGUUCAUGUGUCUUACAUCUUGGGUGUUGUGCCUCAGUCUAAGUCAAUUAAGGAGGGGAGGUGUACUAGCUAGCAAUAUACUGUUUUGCAUCAGUAUGCCAGUGGGAUGAUGGUGGAGCAAUAAUAAACAGCAUAGUCGUUAUGAGAAUAACACAUUGUUCUCAAUAUUUGGUACUCUUUCAUAAUGGCAUCUAUUUAUAGAGACUUGGUUUGGUGUUUUAUGAGCUCCCUUUUUCAUAAAUGGUUCUUCUCUGUUCAGUUUAUCAGGCUGGAUGGCUUACAACCUUAGGAAGAAGAUAGAGAAAGAGCUUUAGAAUAAAGCUGCUUUAAGUAACCAUCCUGUUCUAUGUAAGUCUGUAGUCUUUGCAGAUGUGAGUUUGACAUUGGAGACCUCUUCGUUAAUAAUCUGAGCUUCCUUAGGUAAUGCUUCAUGUUGCUGACCUAACCACUUUCUAGUUGAAUCUUAGCCCAGGUACAAUAUUUGCUUUUCGUGGGGGAUUAAUUCUUGAAAUCCUGGAUGGGACGCAAUGAGGGACGUGCUUUCAAAUCCCCUACAAAUUGUCUUCCUUGUUUGAGAAGAGGUUAGUGAUUCUCUCUGGUAGAUGUGAAGAAGAAUAGGACACAGCUGCUUGGAAAAUCCAUCUUUCUCCAGUAGUUAGGAGUUCACGUCUUUGUCCUGUGGCAGCUCCUGUGGCAUUUGAAACACAGCAAGGGCAUUUUGGGGCAGGAAAUCUUCAUUCACCCACAGUCACAUACUCAUCUUUGAUCAUGAGCUGCCCCGAGUCUCAAAAGACAAAUGGGAAGAAUGCUGGUUCUCAAAAACAAGUUAUCUUCAGAAAAAGCACCCGUGACAAAGCUUUGACUAUCUACCUGGGAAAGCGGGACUUCAUCGACAACAUAGGGAGUGUGGAGCCUGUAGAUGGUGUUGUGUUGGUGGAUCCUACACUUCUGAAGGAGAAAAAAGUGUAUGUGUCCCUGACUUGUGCUUUCCGGUAUGGCCAGGAAGACAUUGAUGUGAUUGGUCUCACUUUCCGACGGGACCUGUACUUCUCUAGGGUCCAAGUGUACCCACCUGCUGACAAGCCAGAGACUCUCUCCCACUUGCAGGAAUCUCUGCUAAAGAAGCUGGGGAAAAAUGCUUAUCCCUUUUUCUUUACGUUUCCAGAUUACCUGCCUUGUUCAGUCUGUCUGCAGCCUGCACCUCAUGAUGUUGAUAAGACCUGUGGGGUGGACUUUGAGGUGAAAGCUUUCUCAACAGAGAAUCUGGAAGAGAGAAUUCAUAAGAGGAACUCUGCACGUCUGCUGAUCCGUAAGGUGCAAUAUGCUCCAGAACAGCCAGGACCUCAACCUUGUGCAGAGACCACCUGGCAGUUCUUCAUGUCCAAAAAGCCAUUACACUUGAAAGCUUGUCUCAGUAAAGAGGUGUACUACCAUGGCGAGCCCAUUCUAGUCACUGUUACCGUCAAUAACAGCACAGAGAAAACAGUGAAGAAGAUCAAAGUCCAGGUGGAGCAGGUUGCCAAUGUGGUUUUGUACUCCAGUGACUUCUAUACAAAAGUGGUAGCUUCUGAGGAAGCACAGGAAAAGGUACAGCCAAACAGCAGUCUGACCAAGACACUGACACUUCUGCCAUUGCUAGCAAAUAAUCGGGAGACACGGGAAAUAGCUCUGGAUGGAAGGCUAAAGGAUGAGGACACCAACUUGGCUUCUAGUACUAUUAUUAAGGAUGGAAUAGACAAGACAGUGAUGGGGAUCCUGGUUUCCUACAAGGUUAAAGUGAAGCUCACUGUCCCAGGCAUGCUGGGAGACCUCACCUCCAGUGAAGUGGGCACAGAGCUGCCGUUUCGUCUCAUGCACGCCAAGCCUGAUGAAAAUAACUCAGCAGUGAAGCAGAGAUGGUAUUUGAGGAAUUUGCUCGCCAAGGCAUAAAAGAUAUGGCUGAUGAUGAAGACAAGAAUAUGCCCUCAGCUGAUGAGUGAGUCAAAGAACAAGCUGCCGGAGAAGAUAUGUAGUCUGGCAUCAAUUAGAAAUGUUAGGACCUAGGUUUCUAGUGAACUGCAUGUUCUCAGUCCACGCAUGGUCUUCCAGGGAUCAGCCCUGAGGUCAGUGGACAUAAAAUUAUCUCUAUUGCUUAUUAAAAGUUUCACCUUUAGAGGAAUGUAGCAAACUCAAGACCUGAUGCUUACUUGAGCUACCAGAGGAGGCCAGGGAAGGCUGUUGUGCCAUGACUUCUGCUUUCAGAGCUACCUAAUAAAAACCUUGGUUGCUUUCAGCACUGCUGAUGGUUUGUGCGGCUGUCUAGACUUGUCAAAAAGUAUCUAAUUUUGAAAUGCUAGUGAGCCAAAUCCUAGUCUGGAAGGCUGGCUUACAGCCCUUGGUGAUUUACUGAAGUUUCUCAGUGGACUGUACAAAACUGGUUUUAUUUCCUUUUGGUUGCUUUUUUGUUUAUGCUUUAUCAAACUCAUCUAGUGAAUAUUCUCACUGAGCCUGCACCCUUUACUGUGGCUUACAUCCACUUCCUGUACGAUUAAGUUUCUGGCAAGUUAUCUUCCAUGGCAGCAAUAAUGCUGAGAUACCAUGUUAGCUUUCUAGCAAUAUGCUUAACAACCUCAUUAUUAAAGAUGAGAGAAAUAUGCACUAUUAAUUCCUUAACAGAGCUCCCUUUAUAUAACCCCAGAUAGCAAACUGCAAGUCCAGACUGAUCCUGUAUGUAAUCUAAUUUCCUGUAUGCAACAGUGCUUCAAAAGAGGGUGCAGUAAAAUUAAGGAGGAAAUUACGGGGCAGCCUGCUCUGAAGAGUCUUUUCCAACAUCCAUCUUCCAGAGGUCGGUUUAUGCUUUAAGAAAUGAGAUUGUAUUCUGAAAACUUUGUUCUCUCUUGUUGAUCUGGAUAUUCUCAUUAUCCAUGUAAAUGUCUAACCCUUUCCUGAAUCUCACUUAGAUUUUGGCUGAAGUGAGUUGCAUCAGCUAAUUACAUUUUGCAUGUAAAACAACUGGUGUUUUCUUUCUCUUGUUUUUGCUCUAAAUCUCCUUUUCAAUGUCUCUGGUUUUAAUCUGGAAAGCCUGAAUGCAGGGCCUUACUUUUUUAAUAUAAACUUACAUUUUCCACCCUAUGCACCGGAAAACGGAAUUAAGAGCUUUCCACUUAGUUAACAACGAUGCACUUUUCACAGAGAAGAAAAUGAAGGAGACAUUGAGAUGUCUGCUUCCUCCUGGCAGGAGUGGGACUGCUGCUGAAAUCCUGCUGCAAGCACGAUGCACUUCCGUCCUGCUUCACACUGCAGAGGCUGACAAACCAGGCUUGCCCUCUGGCUUAGGUUACUACUGAUAACUGUGACAAGCUAAAGCAGUUGGAGAAGUGUGGGCUGCGCUCUGGUAUUUCUGCAGAAUCACUCUAAAUACAGGCCUUGUUUUCUGAGCAGAGUUUUGUUUAUUUUUUCUUACAGACUUCAUCAUGGUUACAAGUCCCACUUUUACAGAUGGGCCAAAGGCAUUAACCAAACAGCUUUGUAUGUGGCCUCUAACACAAAUAGAUUGGGUUAAAAGUUAAG